AUGCUGCACACAGUUUCUUACAGUACCGGUCACCUCUGGCUGUUCCGGGAUGCGGGGACAAACGAUGGACUCCUUGUCAACCAGCAGGAGCUGUUUAUCGCGGCUCCCAACGUGAACAAAGCAGACAUCACGCUGCCAGUGUUCACUCUGAAAGAGAGAUGUCUCCAGGUUGUUCGCAGUCUGGUCAAACCGAUGGACUACAGGAAACUGGACAUUGUUCGAUCACUAUAUGAAGAGCUGGAGGAUCAUCCUGAUAUUAGGAAGGAUCUUCAGCGGCUGUCUCUGGAGAGAAGUGAAACGUUGAGGAACGGAAUUCUGGAAUAAGACGAUUACUCGCUCCAGGCUCUUUAAAUAGCAAACCGCUGAGUUGAACCAGGGAUAGUCGCCGCGAAGCGUGCCGAGAACUGAUGUCUGUAUUUUAAGUUCUGAAACACAAACUCGGUUAAAUUGAUGACGGCAAGUCAGAUCCAAAAGACUAAACAGCACGUAGAAGCACACCGGGUUCCUGGUGGUUCAGGUCUGUUCUCCGUGAUGUGUACUGCAAACCGAUGUCUCUAGAGGCCUUGCCUGGGUGAAGCUCAGCAGUUUUAUUUGGGCUAUCUCAGAACACUGCACAGGGACAUAAGAUCAGGGCAUCUGUCUGGAGAACAUGCAUACAGAUUAACUUCCGUUGUAUUGGAAAGUAAAUUGUAGCAAGGAUUCAUUUCAUCCAGACUCUAAUGAUUGCAAGUGGCAGACCAACACCAGUUUUGCUUGAAUAAUUUGUUUUCGAUGGAAUUCCACUCUUUCACACUCAGCCUAGAUUUGCCCGUGAAUCGCAAAGCGCGUGGGUGUGUGCGUGUAUGUGAGGGUUUCCAUCACCACCCUCUGAGGACCUGACCUGAAACAUUACAUUGGUGGAAAGAUGAUGUGUAAAUGCUUGGGAUUUUUUCUGCCUCUUACCUUUGCGUUUAUAAACCCAUGUCAUAUGCGCUCUGAGGCUGACAUGUUUUUACACAGAUCAUACCUUGAAUGCCUUAUUUGUCCUUCAUGAUUGGAUUCUUGCCUAGUUGAUCCCAAGGUGAUCCAACCUAGUCGGCCAUGCAGACUGGAUCCUGGGUUUGGGACACUUUUCUCCUCCACAGCUGCUUCCCCAGCUUCCUGUACAGGCGUAUCAGGUAGCGUUCGUAGAAGGUAGAUGCUUUGAGUCCUACCUUUGCCCAUCGCAGUGCAGUAGUUCGGGUCGUAGUGGGGGGCCUUUUCAGGGAGCGUGGACCACUCAAGUUGCCGUCUCGUCACGAGCAGACAGCAGACUGUUUCAGCUCCUACGGGCCUAUUGCUAGAUCCAGCUCACAAACAGACCCAUGCUUUAUUACAGGCGAGAUAAGCAGAGAAAACAUUUCUUUACCUGUGUUCUGUUUCCCCCAUACCUCAGUUAGAACGUGUAUUUGUGUGAAUGUGCACACGUAAUUCAGAGGAACAUUGCUUUUAGCAGAUGCACGGAUUGUCCACCAAGUAACAGAUGUAGUGCUGUUCAAUGUUAGAAGCAGAUUGGUAGGAGAUUGUAGCAGGUUAUUUCUGUGGCAUACGUUUCUUUCCAGUUAUACAUUCUAAGAAAUGCAGCUGUGAAACUGAGAAUAUCAACGUAUUCUGUAAGUAUUAAAUGUCUCCCCUUUUUGUAGACUUGUUUUUCUUACGUAUUUGAAGUGUAUGAAGUGACCUUUGACAUAAAAAUGUAAAUCCAUGC